AUGGGCUGUGUUCAGGCCAAGCCUCUCACGAAUUCCACACCUGGGGGCUUAGAGAAGCUGAAACUGGAAAAUGGGUAUGUGGGAAAUGGCGGGUUUAAUGCUCACAGAAGAUCAACAGGCCAACCACAAAGGGACUCUGUUAAGCAGCAUAGGCAUGAACCCAUCAUUUCAAAUGCUGAGCCUGGUAGUAGAAAUGAAAAAGCAGGAGAUGAAUGGGUGGUGUUAACUGGUAGUGAUGGAGAUAAAGAUGAUGGGCAUGUUUCUCAUAAAGUUUCUGUUGAUGAGGAGGAGUUGGUGGAUGGGUGGCCUAAAUGGCUCACUGAUAAUAUUUCAAGAGAGAUUUUGGCUGGCUUGGUUCCCAAGAGUGCUGACUCUUAUGACAAGCUGGACAAGGUGGGCGAAGGAACAUACAGCAAUGUGUAUAAGGCUCGAGAUAGGGACACUGGAAAAAUUGUGGCCUUAAAGAAGGUUCGGUUUGAUACAUCAGAACCCGAGAGUGUUAAGUUUAUGGCUCGGGAGAUUAUGUUUUUAAGGAAAUUAGAUCAUCCCAAUGUGGUUAAGCUCGAAGGAUUGGCCACGUCAAGAAUGCAGUACAGCCUCUAUCUUGUUUUUGAUUUCAUGCGUUCAGAUUUGGCAAGAAUUAUUUCCAGCCCUGAAGGGCUUACUGAACCACAGGUCAAGUGCUAUAUGCAUCAACUACUUUCAGGUCUGCAGCACUGCCAUGAGAGGGGAAUUAUACAUCGAGACAUCAAAGGAUCAAACCUAUUGAUAGAUAAAAAUGGAAUGCUGAAAAUUGCAGAUUUUGGGCUUGCAAAUUAUUAUGUUCAAGAUCCUAAGCGCCCUCUCACAAACCGAGUUGUGACACUUUGGUACAGAGCUCCUGAGCUGUUGUUAGGUUCUACAGAUUAUGGAGUUGGCAUUGAUCUUUGGAGUGCUGGUUGCGUCUUGGCUGAAAUGUUUACAGGGAGACCACUUCUGCCUGGUAGAACAGAGGUUGAGCAACUUCAUAGGAUAUUCAGGCUUUGUGGUACACCAUCAGAGGAAUACUGGAAAAGACUAAAGCUGUCUACAACUUUUAGACCUCCACGUUCAUACAAACCCAGUCUUCAAGAAGCUUUCAAGGAUUUCCCUUUUUCUUCUUUGAGUCUGUUGAGCACUCUCCUUGCUUUAGAUCCUGCCUAUCGUGGCUCUGCUUCUUCGGCUCUCAGAAAUGAAUUCUUUUUCACAAGCCCCUUGGCAUGUGACCUUUCUGGUCUACCUGCAAUCUACAAUGAGGAUGAUGAACUGAAACUAGCCAAAGAGCAUAGAAAGUCUAGGAAUUCUAAAGUAAGACGGUCUCGAACACAACGAGAGCGCCGGAGACAAGAUCUAUCUGCUGAAAAAUUAAAAGAAAUUUCUGCAUCUUCAAACCAGGGUCUUCAGGAGAUGGAGAAAACUGCUGAUUCAAAUUUCGAAAGUGAAGAGCCAGGUAGCACUACCAGUAGCAACUCCUCUAGUGUACAUCAUGCAGGCCGGAAAGAAAGUCCGAUAUUCUCCCCUUGCCCAGUUCAAGGCCAUCCCGAUACCACUAAGAACAUGAAGAACCUACCUCCAUUACCCAAGUCUAAAGCGCGCACCACCAAGUAUAACAAAGACGGUAACAUGUACAGUUCAAAUCAGAUUAGCAGGUCUGCAUCCAGUAGAGAAUUCAGAAAGUUAAAUCAAAGGGACCAAUUAGAAGUCUAUGCUGUUGAUAACUAG